GUUUCAAAAACUGAAACAAAAAUUUCAAGAAAAAAAAGAUUGUUCGAAACUAUGAAUACUUUUCUUGUUAUAAUCAUUUUAAUUGCUUUGAGUGUUGAAUCGAGCAACGCUAGCAAAAUGUUUCCAAAAAACCAAGUACAUAUCAAAAACUCUCUCGGAAGGAAUGAUGAUCUUCUGAAGAUUCAUUGUAUAUCCGAUGAAGACGAUCUCGGUAUUCACUUUGUGCGUCGUACAUACUUAUAUACAUUUAAGUUUGGUGAUAAGUUUUUUGGUGGGACUAAGUUUGACUGCACAUUAUCGCAUGGAGUUGGAUUUAAAUCAUCUGUUACUUUUACGGCUUAUAAACAAGAUGCUGAUGAUUUUAUAAUAAAAUUUGGUAAAAUGACGUUUUGGGAUGCUAAAGAUGAUGGGAUCUAUCUCACAAAUGCGGACCAUAAUGCAAAGUUUAUGUAUCGUUGGUAAAAUCUUAGUC